AUGCACAUCCCUCCGCUCGAUGUCUCCCCUUACCCCAUUGUUACCAUGAGCCAUGGACGUUAUGAGAACUCUGCACGUUCGCGAACCCCUCUAUCUAGUGCAAAUCACUCGCCAGACUUUUCCAACAUUCAAAAGCUCGUUCGCUCCGUUUUCCGCUCCCAGAGACUCUCUAUCCUCCAGAUCGAGCGCAUGCCAAGCCGUCUCCAUCAAGUCUACCUCCUGAGAAUCACAGACGGCAGCUCCUUAUUCCUGAAGUGCCCUCCCCUCUUCAACACCCGCCUCCUCCGCCACGAACAGCGCACUCUACAAGGCGAAGCCAAGGUCCUCGACGCCCUCAGCAGCAACACCCAACUCCGGUCCCCCGAAUGCAUCGACCACGACCCGCAGGGCCGUGCCCUAGGCUCUCCGCAUCUCCUUCUCCAGUGCGUCCCCGGCACUCGCCUCUCGGACUUGUCGUCGCGUCUCACAGCCAGCGAACGCCGCACCGUCGAUCGCACGAUUGGCGCCUACGUCCGCUCCAUCACCUCGCUUGCAGCCGACAGCUUCGGUCUCGCCCACCGCGUUUUUGCCGGCACGGGCAGCACUUCCUGGCGGCAAGCCUUCCUCUACCUGCUCGAAGCCGCCCUCCGCGACGCCGAGGACAUGGUCGUCAGUGUGCCGUACGAUAGCAUCCGCCAGAGUAUGGCGCGGCACGGACGGCUGCUCGACGAGGUCACGGAAGCGCGCCUCGUACCGCUCGACGUGGGGAUUCCGGAGAACGUGUUGGUCGACGACCGGACGAAGCAGGUAUCGGGGGUUGUGGGGUUUUCUAAUGCCGUAUGGGGCGAUCCGAUGCUCGCGGCUGUGUUUGUGAAUGCGAGUGAUGCGUUUUUUGAGGGGUAUGGAGAGUGUCCAAGUCCUGUCGGGAAGGCGAGGAUAAGGCAGCUUCUAUAUACAGUCUACCGGUCCCUUGUAGCGGUGGUGGAGCAUCAUUACCGCCCGAACUACGCAAGCGGGGAGCUAGAUGCCAGAGGCUCAUUGACAUGGGCUCUAAGCCAGCUUUCGCAAUUGUAA